CUUCAGCAAUGUCGCUGAAAGGUCGAGCAGGUACGAAGCUUCAAAAGCGAGAUAAAUUUACCCUUGGAAGCUGGGCGCGAUGGGGACUCAAGUGAAGCCCGUGGUGAAGACGUCCACGAUGGAGCAGGAGCUACAGGACGAGGUCAUUGCCGUUGCCCAAGUCGCUAUGAGCACCGAGACGAACGAGCAGGAGAUCGCGGCUAAAGUUAAACAGCAUUUCGAGCAGAAAUACCAUGGGCUGCUGUGGCAUUGCUGUGUUGGGCGCAAUGUUGCCUGCUACGUGACCCACGAGCAAUCCAAGUUCCUCUACUUCUACAUCGGCCAAAUGGCUGUUGUGCUUUUUGCCACUGCUUAAGCAUAGACUCGGUACAAGAAAAGAAAUCAUAUCAUUCAUGUCCACCGUGU